AUGAAUGAUGCCAAAUCGGUACUAAAAUUUCUACAUAAAAACACUUUUACCAAGUUUGGUACCCCUCGUGCUCUGAUUAGUGAUGAAGGUUCAUACUUUGAUUGCAAAUUAGUUGCUAAUGCUCGGAACAUGUAUGACGUUAAGCAUAUAAUUUCCACAUCAUACCAUCCGCAAACAAACGGGCAGUUUGAAGUCUCUAACAGAGAGAUUGAACAAAUUUUAGAGAAGGUAGUUAAUCCCACCCACAAAGAUUGGUCAUCCAAAUUGGAUGAAGCUUUUUGGGCAUAUCACACUAUAUUCAAGACACCAUUGGGGAUGUCACAUUUCUGGAUUGUUUAUGGGAAACCCUAUCAUUUGCUCCUUGAACUUGAACAUAAGACAUAUUGGGCAAUUAAGAAAUUGAAUAUGGAUUUGAGUACUGCUGGUAUUAAUCGCCUGUUGGAGUUGAAUGAGAUGAAAGAAUUCAGAGCUCAAGCUUAUGAGAAUGCCAAGAUGUACAAAGAAAAGACUAAACGAUGGCAUGACAACAAGAUUUUGCCACGGCACAUUAUGGCCCAAGCACAAUCUCAGGUUAAUCUUAUCCCCCAUGUCAUUGCUAUAUUUUCUCUCACAUCUUACCCUAGUAGAUUCACUUCUUUUCUAUCUUCUUUUCCGUUUCAUCUUCUUCACCCUUCUCUAUUUUUACUUCAUAAAACUGUAAAUGCCUCAUCUUUUUCAUUUUCCAUUCACUAUUUUCUCUCAAAUACUGAUGAUCUCUCAAAGUUAGAUACUGAUGAUGAAGAUGAGGUGCCAAUCAACCAACUAAAACAGAAGCACUACAAGCGAAUUGCUCAGAAAUCAGUUCAAGCUGAUGCUGGUGAAGUGGAUAGGCAACCGCGCUACAAUUGUGCUGCUAGAAAAUCAACCCAACCCAAUUAG